GCUCCACACGCUCAACCCGACUGUGCAGAGUUGCUGCUCGAAGGCGCCGAUCGCGUCACUGAGCUGCGAAGAACGAUGUUUGGACGUCGAGGAAACUGCAAGAAAUUUGGAUUUAUGUGAGGAUUCCAAAUCAAAGGAAGUAUACAGUGUUCCGAAGAAAGUGUGGGAAAAAAAUUAAAGUUCAGCAAGGCAUCUUGAGGGGAAAAACUUGAAGCAUGCAGAGUCACAAGACGAGUGUGAGGCUGCUCUACUGGCUGACCUUAGCGUCUGGGAUGCUCGAGUGUCUCUUCUUUUCUGGUGUCGUGUUUGGGUAUGCCUCCCUGGUGUUUGUGUUGAAGGAGGAUGGGUACUUCAGUCACCUGUGUUUCAAUGGUCCAGACAACAAUGGUACAACUGUUGAAGACUGCAGUCGUCAGGAUGAGAAGUUUGCACUGGUCUUCACCAUUGCAUCUUUCCUCAACAACUUCAUGAUUGUAUUUUGCGGCUUCCUCUUUGAUCGAUUUGGCACAAUGGUCACCAGACUGCUGGCAAUAUGUCUCUACACCACUGGAACCCUUCUUGUGACCUUUUCUAAUGCAACACUUUCAAUGCUGCUUUAUCCUGCGCUGCCCUGCAUUGCUGUGGGGGGGAUCCUGCUCCUUAUGACCAACGUGCAGGUGGGCAACCUGUUUGCAGCUCGUCGCUCCACCAUCAUUACCCUCUACAGUGGUGCCUUUGACUCCUCCUCAUCGGUGUUUCUCAUCAUUAAGGUUCUACACGAACAAGGCAUCUCAUUGCGUUCUUCCUUCCUCGUUCUGUCCUUGUGCUCUAUUAUGCACGUUGUGCGGACCUUCAUUCUGAUGCCCAGGACACGCAUCCCCUACCCUGUGCCACAGUGUUACACCUAUGGAUUGAAAUGUGGGAAAAGCAACUCCCACAACAUGGAGCAGAGGGCGAGGGAUGAAGCGCGACCAGUUUCAACUGAAUCAAGUUGCCGGAUGAACACAUCCAAGGAUGAGACAGAACUCAGUAGCCCUGGAAAAGUGCCAAGUUUCAGGAGUUGUGUGCUGUCCUGGUUCUUCAUGUGCCACCUGUUAUGGCUGUCCAUCAUGCAGCUGAGGCAUUACCUCUUCAUCGGCACGCUCAAUCCCAUGCUCACCCGCCUGGCCAAAAAUGACGCCAACCUUGUGAGUCGAUACACCAAUGCCUUUGCCAUGACACAGCUGUGUGGGGUGUUGUGUGCGCCCUGGAACGGACUCAUACUGGACAGACAUAAGGGAAAGCCUCUUGCUCCUGGAGAAACAGAGCAGGAAGCAGACCUGCGCUCAUCCUUGCCAUCCCUGUUCCUGACCGCCCUGCAGUGCCUGCUCUUUUCCUUGUGUGCCUCCAUUCCCUGCCUCCCUUUGCAGUACUUCACUUUUAUUCUGCAAGUCAUUAAUCGCUCCUUCAUCUACGGGGGAAAUGCAGCCUUCAUUAACAUUGUUUUUCCAGCUUGUCAUUUUGGGAAGCUGUAUGGCUUUGUCAUGUCAACGUCAGCAGUAAUCACACUACUUCAGUUCCCCUGCUUUGCGCUGGUCAAAGGACCUCUUGGUGGAGAUCCUUUUUACGUGGACCUUGUCCUCACUCUGAUCACUCUGGCGGUGUUUAUCCAUCCUUUGUACGUCUUUAUCCACUGUAAGAAAUCAGCGCACCUCAGGAGGAACAGACAUUCUGUCACAUUUGAUGUCAAAGUGCCUGAUGAGUCAAAAUAACACAAGUACCCCUAUGAAAGUGAAAUAAAACAGUCUACUUGGACAAGGUGUACGCAGUAGUCAUGGUCCAACAAUGUUGAAUGAAACCACGAUACCUGGAGAAAACCCACACAGGCACGGGGGAGAGCAUCCAAACUCCACACAG